AUGGACAAGGAAACUAUCACACAAUUCCUGAAGCAACAAGCCGAGCAGCAGAGGAUUUUCCAACAACAACAACAACAAUUUCAACAACAACAGCAAGAGUUUCUCAAGGCGAUCAGUGCUGCGUUCACUACGCAGAAGCAGCAGCCGGACGUUACCAACAUCAUCAACUCAUUGUCAAACCGAAUUUCGACGUUUCACUACUGUCCGGAUGACGGGGAAACCUUCGAUGCCUGGUUUGGUCGAUACCAUGAUAUCAUCGAAAUCGACGGCAAGGACCUCGACGACGCUACCCGCACACGCAUAGUCGUAUCCAAGCUAGAGAACAAAGAAGCCGAACAGUUCAGAAGCUUCAUUCUGCCGAAGACACCUGCCGACGUCAACUUCAACGACACCAUUGCUACGUUGAAGAAACUUUUCAACCAGACGAAGUCGCUGGCGAGACUCCGUUAUGAACUUUUCUCGGUAAAAUUCGAUGGGGUCGAUCGCAAGGAUUACACAGCCCUUGUCAAACGCCGGUUUGCCGCCGCUCAAUGGAAUCAGCUUUCGUCGGACCAAGCUGAAUGCCUGCUAUGGAUCAUCGGACUCCAUGCCUCAGAACAUCUGGAUUUGCGAAUUCGGGCACUUCGCGAACUCGAACUGAAUCCGGAAAUGAAACUAACGGAGCUCACGGACCGAUUGGAUCAAGUUAUCUCACUUCGCGCCGAUGCAGACUUCAUCGGAGGUGGAUCUCACGACAUCCACGCCAUUCACCGACAAGCCAGCAAACCCAAGCCCAAAUUCCGAGGAGGAUCACGAUCAAAGAACGCGAGAACGCCGACUUCUCCGCGCACUUCUGCAACUUCACCACCGUCGCAGUGUUCGAGAUGUGGAGGAUCACACUGGAAACGGGAUUGCAAGCUGCCACAGGAAACAAUCUGCCACAGCUGUCAAAAGACAGGACAUCUCUCGAAAUUUGACCGUCAUCACGGAGCCAGACACCGAGCCUACGAAGUCGGAGACGCUGUCUUCGUCAAGGACUAUCGCUCAAAGCAGACUUGGAGCCCCGGAAUCAUCAUUCGACGUUUAGGAGCGGUAACCUACAUAGUGAACUGCCAAGGGAAUCAAUGGCAUCGACACGCAAAUCAGUUAAGGCGCCGGGAUCACCAGAAUCAACGUCUGCCGCUGCAUAUUGACUUUGAUCUGCCGAUGCCGAUACGCCGUCCAUCGACACCGACAACCGUUCCAACUCAACCAACGGUCGCUUCAACAGGAAAUCAAGAACGUGCACCAUCAACUCCUACUAUACCACCAGUACACACCAGGACAACUCAAGGACCACCACUUCGCCGAUCAUCGCGGAACACUCGGGAACCAAGACGCCUCAUAUUGGACCCUCGUCAAAAGUCCUACCUUUGA